AUGAAUAAUCAACUUUUAUUAGCCGUGGCGGCGUUCGCCUUAUUUUUAUACGUUGCUGCAGCGUUGUUCAAUUGGGUGCGCUCUCCUCUGCGGUCCAUACCUGGGCCUAUGUUGGCGCGCUUUACGGACUUUUGGUAUUUCUUUCGCAUUCAGCAAGGCAAUUUCGAAAAGGUCAACAUUGCUCUUCAUGAAAAAUAUGGCCCCAUCGUCAGAUACGGCCCAAACCGAUACAGCAUCAAUGACGCUGAGGCAUCCAAGACUAUCUACGGUCACGGAACCCAGUUCCCCAAGUCGAUCUGGUACUCACCAUUUCAGCCAAAUGACACUUGGUGGAACAUUUUUUCCGACCAGUCCAUCAAACGCCAUGCUCACAACAGACGCUUCUUUGCCCACGCCUUCUCAAUGACAUCGCUCGUAAACUACGAGCCGUAUCUUGAUGAGUGCGGCGAGAUCUUCUCCCAACGCAUGCUGGAAUUCUCAAAGGCGGGCGCACCCGUUGACAUCGGCCACUGGUUCCAGUGCUUUGCCUUCGAUGCCGUUGCGUACAUUACGUACGGCAAACGAUUAGGCUUCCUGGACCGCGGCGAUGAUAUUGGCAAGGUUAUCGAAAACCUUGACGCCAGCUUGAUUUACUCUAGCCUCGCCGGAAUUUUCCCCUCAUUCCAUCGCUACAUUGCUCCGCUUCUUUCAGCCAUGGGUCCUCUUUUCCGCACCGACCGCAUCAUGUAUGUGAUGAACUUCACUCAGAGCAGGGUCACGGAAGAGCGAGCUUCGCCCAAGUCAGUCGCUGAGUUCAAGACCGAUGUAGAAGGCGCGGGUGUCGGCGAGACUUUCUUGAGGAAGUAUCUUGCCAAACACUCCGAGGACCCCGAUGCCUUCACCAAUUACCACAUUCUCAUUGGAUGCGCGACCAACAUGUUUGCGGGCUCAGACACAACCGGCAUUAGUCUUUCUGGAAUAUUGUACCACCUGCUCAAGAACCCGGAUUGCGUCACAAAACUGCGUGCCGAGAUCGACGACUUCAGUAGCCGGGGCGAGCUUUCGGAGAAUCCCACGUUCAAGCAGGGUCAGGACAUGCCUUACUUACAGGCUGUCAUCAAGGAGGCGUUGCGUAUGCACCCUGCCGUCGGCCUGCCAUUGGAGCGAGUCGUGCCUGAAGGAGGCGCCACCAUCGCCGACCGUUUCUUCCCCGAAGGUUCUGUUGUUGGCAUCAAUAGCUGGGUUCAACAUCAUAAUAAGAGUAUCUUUGGCCAGGAUGCGGAUAAGUUCUGCCCUGAGCGUUGGCUCAUCGACGACGAAGACAAGCUUUCCCUGAUGAACCGAAACUGGAUGCCGUUCGGCUUGGGGUCGAGGACGUGCUUGGGAAAGAAUGUUUCCACCUUGGAGAUGACGAAACUGAUCCCGAGAAUCAUCCGCGAUUUCGACUUCAAACUUGACGGAGACGCGGCAGCACCUGGAGGAUCUUGGACCACUGCCAACGCGUGGUUCGUGAAGCCCCGAGGCUUCUGCGUUCGGGUAGAGCCCAGAAAGCUCAUCUCUUGA